AUGAUUGGGUUUGAGACAAAAAGCACCUCGAACCGCUCAGAAAAAUUGGGGGGGGGGGGAGUGGGUAGUGCCCUGGAGGGGCUUGUGGCUGGGCUUGUUGUGGACCAUGGGUGGGCUUAUCAUCGGGCUCGUCAUCCAAAGGCAUCUCGUGAAGUUGGUGACUCGAAGGUCGGGAAGAACGAGAUACCCGACCCCUUGAGGACAAUACCAUGUGAAGCUGCUCAUGUUCCAGCGACGGAUGUGGUGCAUGUUUAUGAGAGCGCGCUCAUCCAAAAGAUUUUUGUUGUCAACAGGCUGGUAUUCAUCUGGGAGCUCGAUGUCAAGACCGCGAGCCAAAAGUGUGACAAAUCCCCAAUGAAAAUAUCACCGGACAUUUUGGAUCUCAUGUGUGCGCAUUUGUGGAAAAAGAAUGAAGAAAAGUCCGAGAUCGGUGGCCUGUCAUGCCUCAUCAUACACAAAAGGAAGAAGAGCUCAUUUUUGGUGACCUGGCCUGCUUCUUUGCGGGAAAAAUCUGUACACACCAAGAUGCGAUGGGCAAUACCGAGGCACGGGUGGAUGAUAGAGGUUGCUUUAUCCCGACCGGCACACGAAAAGAUACCCCCAGUGAUUUCCAUCCAAAAUGUCUCGUGA